CACAGCUUCAUGCCUCUCAGCUGUGGCUAGCCUUCCUCUAUGUUAGUUAGAUAUUUACUCAGUUGACUGUGAGUAUCGAAUCGCCCAUACUAGCAGCUUGGCAACAGUUGUGGAUUCCAAGAAGUAUGACUUCCCAAAAGCCUGGCAUCUCCGCGCGAAAGUUCGGCCGCUCUUUCGAAUGCCUCGAUAGUCUAUCAUCAGCGAGCGUGGGCAAUCGAGAACUCGGAAAGGUCAAGAUAGACUGUCGAUUCUGUCUAUCGAAAUCGAAAUGGGGUGUGUUAGGAAACGCAGAGCGGUCCGCUGGAAUUCUCUACAUGGAUCUCUGCUUUGAUCAACCAAAGGACUGCAGCUAUCUAGCGCAAUGGUUUUGUCGACGUUAGAUCAUGAGAUUGGUGUUGAAGAGGAGAAUCGGAGACCAGAGCCUGUGUCCAUUCGUCGGGCAAGCUCGCUUCAGAUGACCAAAAGCGGCGAGCAAACGACCGUUAUCAAGAAGUCUAUCUACCGCCUCACCCCCGAGGUCAAUGUCAUGGGCAAUGGAGGAUUAGGGAAGGACGUUGAGACUACGCAGAAAGUCACUAGUAGGUGGACCUUUACCAGACAGCUUCGGCCAGGCAAGGCCGCAGCCUACCGGACUCUGAAGUGGGAACUGAGCGAAAACGAGAGGACCUCCAAUCGCUACAUAGUAAUACCAUCCACACGAGAUUUGCAUUUGAGCAUGAUUAGACACCAUGCUACCUUCGCGUUGAAAUUACAGGCAAGCUGCAGAGAGUGCGGGACCGUAUAA